CUAAAUGCUUUCAAUUCUCCAUUUCAUUCCAUAUGAUUCUAUGAUUUCUAUUAAAUAUUUGAAUACUAUAUUCAUUAGAUUUGCAAUUUGGUACAGUAAUUUAUGAAAGAAUAUUCCUUUCUUUAAUUGCAUGAAAUAAAUUAUCAUUUAAAGCUUUUCUCUUGAUAAAACAAUGUGACGAUCGCACGUAUUGAGUUAAACUAGAUACAGGAAGUGAGUAUGAAAAAUAAAAAAAAUUGUUUUAGAUAAUGAUUUGACAGAUAAGUCGUAGUUUUCUAUUUUAAAUUAGAUUAUAAAUAAAAUUCCUGUUGUUCUUGAAUGAUGCUUUGUUAAGUCUUUGUUCAGUUUAGUGAUUAUUUUACUCAAUUCGUAUUGUGCUGAAUCAAGUAAAAAACUGAGUUAUGUCUUCCAAACCCUCGAAAAUACAAGACAAGGAUUGUCUGCCCCUCUUUAUUGGAUACCUACCAGAGUUUGCGUUAAAAAAGUGUAAAGAAGAGCUCAAUGAAAGUCCGGAAAGGAAAGUUAAGGCCCUCCAGGAACUGAGAGCACUUCUGGAAAAGAACGAAAAAACAAGUGGAAUUGAUUUUCAUGAAGAUUUUCUGGUACAGUACCUAAGGCGCAACAAGUAUAGACUUCGGGACACUUUCCAGCAUCUUCUCAACUUCGUCAUUCUGAACAAAAAGGAAACCAACCUUUUCAACAGCACUCCAGAUCACUAUCUUGAGACAGCUUCAUCCCGGACUAUUCUUUUGCUGCCCAAGAGGUGCCCGGAGGGAUGUGCCGUAGCAAUUUUUCAAAUUGCGACCUGGAAUCCCAAGGAGCUUCCUUUUGAAUACUUCAAACAAAUAGGUGUGAUGACAUUCUUACAGCUGCUACGAGAUCCAAUGAACCAGGUCAAUGGAUUCAAAUUCAUUCAUGACUUUCAAGGAACGUUCUCUUUCCUGAAAUACUGCACACCUCAGAAUCUCUAUCUACUUUAUAAUUUUACAAUAAAUUGCAUUCCAGGCAGAUACAAGGAAAUCCACAUCAUUAACGAGUCCCUUGCGAUGAAGACGAUAUGGAAUAUUCUUAAACAUUUCUUAACUCAGAAAAUAAAAGACAGAAUAUUUUUUCACUCCGAUCCAGAAGAAUUACUUGAUCAUUUUCCUCGUUCUAUUAUGCCAACUAAAUAUGGAGGCACAUUGGAAGAUCCUGGAACACACGAUUGGAUCAAGAAAGCCAACAAAGAGCAUGAAAAAUAUUCUAUAGAAGGCCAACCAAAUUUUUACUCUUCUUAAUUUGUAGAUAUUGGCAAUAUUUGGUAUAUUUGGCAAUAUUUGUAGAUAUUAGCAAUAAAAUUAUUUUUUUUUCCUGUUGA